AUGAAGCGUCACUUCACGGACCAUAGGGGAGAACAGUCACCAACGGACGGGACCACCCUCAGCCUGGCCAGCCCAGGGUCCAUGGAGGAGAGCGUGGAAGUGCACUGGUCAGGGACCUCUAAGAGAAAGGAGCCGUCUCCACAGCCUGGCCUGGCCGUUCCCCACAAGGAGGACAUCUGCUUCUCCGGCAAGGGUCGGGGCAUGCUGGGCUGGAGCAGCUGGCCAUCGUCCCGGUCCUCCUCCGAGAACCAGUCUUGCUCUUCCAGCACGUGUGGCGGCGAGGACACUGCCCGGCAAAGCAUGUGCGCCUUCUACACCCAUGUGAAGACCGUGCAGGGUGUGGCCGUGGCCUGGGAGACUGACUGUGGCUUUGAGCCGGUCAGUCGGCAGCCCCGCAUCCACGAAGCAGAGUUCAUCAAGAGGCAGAGGCGGAAAGGCUCCUCCUUUGAGAUGGCUUCCAACACCGACCUGCGCUGGGAACUGGAAGCCGGCAAGAACAACACCUGCCCAGAGCCGGACGACACGGAGCUGCUGGUGCCCCUGGAGUGCUGCCUGCAGGAGCUGGGCCACCCAGACUGGCUGGUCACCACCAACCACGGGCUGCGGUGUGUGGCCUGCUGCCGGAUCUUCCCCACGCUGGAGGUGCUGCUGGAGCACGCCCAGUAUGGCAUCCAAGAGGGCUUCAGCUGCCAGAUCUUUUACGAGGAGUUGCUGGAGAGAAGGUGGGCCCGGGGCCAAGUGCAGGAGCAAGAGCCAGAGGAGGAGGGACAGAGCACUUCGGACAGUAGUGAAAGUCCAGGACCCCAUGUCAAUUGCUUCCGUCACAGUCAGAGAAGCAAUGAGCUGGAGGUGAUGUGCCCUGCCCUACGCUCACCUCCAGCGCUGCAGCUGCUCCUUUCCCGGCCAUCAGGACCACAGCCACGGGGGCAGGGAGAGAGGAUGAGGGCCGGGGAAGGAAGCGUGCCGAGAUGGGAGGGCCGUGAGAAGGGACGGGGAACGCACCCUCCAAAGGGCACAGCGUUUCAACUAGAGUCCCUUUCAAAACCCGAAUCAAGUGUUUCUGACGGUGGGUGCAAGACCUGA